CAGGGGUCUUUACAAGCGCAAGGCUGUCAAAGUCAAAUCUUUCCUGAAGCCGUGCAGUGCCGCAGUUCCAGGACUUGGGCAGCCUUAUUUACCGCCCUUCCUAUUAACCCGAGGAAACUCUGUUUCAUCCCGUCUGGAUUCCUCCAAACAAAAACACUUUGUCUUCAAUCAGCAGAAAACCAACGAUUCCUACAAUCAAAUGCCUUCACUGAUCUUUCUCCAUGGAGCUUGGCACAGCCCAGAGUGCUGGUCCAAGGUGAUUCCUGCCUUCAAGCAGCAAGGAUAUCGCUGCUUCGCCCCGCAAUUGGAUUUCUGCGGCACAGAGCAGCCCGUUGACUCCCUGGAAAGCACCAUUCGUCAGAUCCAGACACUCAUUACCGAAGAAACUAGCCUGGGCAAUGAUGUUGUAUUGAUCAACCAUUCUUUCGGUGGCUUCGCGGGCUGCUCCUCCGUGAAAGGGUUUACUCAGAAAGACCCAUCGCGAUUGACACCAAAUUCGGGCAGAGUCAUCGGAAUCAUCCAGCUUUGCGCCUUCAUGCCGCAAUCGGGUUUAUCUGUGUAUGACGUGGUCGAUCCUGCAAAAUUAUUUCACCGUAGCGGCCCGGACGGCUGGGAAGAUAUCAUUCAGGACCCGGAGGCCUUGUUCUACAACGACCUGUCCCCAGAAGAUGCCCGUUACUGGAAGGGUCGUCUGCUGAAACAUUCAAGUGCCACAUUGAAGGACUCAGUCAAUGCCUACCCGGGCUGGGCUGAUGUGCCAGUCACGUUUAUUUUUUGUCUGAAGGAUGGCGCGAUCCCUCUCCAGAUCCAAGAGGCGAUGGUUGACGCUGCAAAAAGCGCAGGUGCAUCUAUCACAAUGCGGUCCUUGGAUACUGGUCACAGCCCUUUUUUGAGUCAGCCUGAGGAGACCAUUAGUAUGAUCGCGGAAUCUCUGGAGUCCCUCCAAAGCUAGCGAUGAAUUAGAUCAGCUGCACCUGUUUUCGUUGCCCCAAGCUCGCGUACUGGAUGGUUAGUCGGUAGUGGCUCAGGGUGUUUAUGUAUUAAGUACGAGACUAAGCAUCAAAUGAGGCUUAUCACCAACUUCCAGUUCUUCCAGGUACUUUCCCCCCUCGCAUGGCCUAGUUGGACAUACCUUCAGUGGUUGGACCAUUUGGAUGUGCCCCAUGAGGGGAAAUCACAGUACCGGUCUCCCGUGUCGAGCAUGAUCACCACGGGUUACCGGGCACAUCCCUAGGCGGGGAGAGUGGGCGGGCGGAUGCGAGCGAGGUGGUUCACCUCACUAGCGGUACUUCUUCUUUUUAGUUUCCUUUCUUAUUGAACAGACAUCUUAUAAGAAGAUCUAUUUCAUUUAAGAAUUCAGAGUAUUAGGGGAGUGUAGGCAGGAGUAUCCAUU